CCAACGCCGCAGAUAACAGACACCCGAACAACACAAUAUCCUCCACAGCACCCGUCUUUAUUAGCGAAAAUGUUCAACUUUGUCCUCGCCAUGCUCCUCGAGCUCUCGCUCUUCAUGCUCGUCGAAGCAGCACCCGUCAGCAUCCAGUCCGCGAAGCCGUGGCAGGCAGGUACCGGUGGUGGCAUCGUGGGUUUCAUUGUCCUUGUGCUCGACAUCAUCGCGUGGAUUGAGAUCUUCAAGUCGAACCGCCCUGUCUCCAGCAAGGUCAUCUGGGCUCUCGUUGUCUUCCUUUUCCCCGUCGUCGGCAUGAUCAUCUACUACCUUUUCUCCAACCGCCAGGCUCACAACACGUAUGAGCCUAUUCCCGCAUAGAAUCUUUCGCCUCAGGAUACUCUACCUCGAGAAGGUCUACCUUGACUUUUCUCGGGAAAAGUUCUAGACCAGAUCGGCAACAAGCACCACUUGUUGCGCCGAUGAGAACAAGGGUGUAUGGGAGUGGGACUCGGUGUGCUGUGACGUGACGUAAGCGGUCGGACGCUGUAAACAUCUUCUACGCGUGGAGUUGAUCAUUCGUGGGAUACAAUAUGUGAUGACUGGAGUUUCGUUCCUAGCGCAUGAAAGAUGCUGGUCGGAGUGAUGUUCAUCCAACGCCAAAGAUACGACAAAGGCGCUAAGGAAUGACAUGAUUUUGAUGCUCAUAUAAUUAAUCAAUUCUCUCUACG